CGUCGUCUCUCCACGAGUCAGCAGCUCAGGAGUCAGUAGUGAGCCAGUGAGUGCGUGUGCAGAGCCGCAGAACCGCAGCCAUGUUCGCGUACUACGUCCUCGCCGCCGCCCUGGUGGCCGCCGCUGCCGCCGGCGACGCGACCCCCGCCGAGGCCCCCGCCGUCGCGAGCACCUCCCCGUCGUCGGGAUGGUCCGCCCUCCUCGGCUGCGUCUGGGAGGACGACGCCGUCGGCUGCCUGCGGGAGAACUCGGCCCGCGCGCUCAAGGAGCUGCACGUCAGCAAGAAGGAGGCGGCCGCCGCCGCCGCCGCCGCCCCCAGCACCAAGGACGACUCGCUCCUCGAGGUCCUCCACGACGGCACCGCCAGGAUGAUCGAGUACCUCAAGAAGGACGAGGAGCAGGAGGAGGUCGCCGAGGCCGAGGCUGAGACCGACAACCAGGGCCGCGCCAUCGAAGAAGGACGCAAGAAGAUCAAGAUCGGCAAGCUGGGCAAGAAGGGCAAGAAGGGCGGCGGCCUGCUGCAGACCUUCUACAUGCUCAAGAUGAUGUUCGGCAUGCUCAUCUCCAUGAAGGUCGGCCUCCUGUCGUUCCUGCUGCAGGUCAAGACCUUCUUCCUGUCCUUCAUCUUCGUGGCCAUCGCCGUCAUCCAGUUCUUCUGGAAGCUGCAGGAGAAGAAGGCGCACGGCGUGAGCUACGGCGCCCCGUCCGGCGGCUGGGACUCCGGCAGCUCGUUCUCCGGCUACGGACCCUCGGCGUCGUCGGGCGGCUGGGACAAGCGCGCCUGGAGCGACCACGCCCAGAGGCAGGCGUACGCCGCGCAGGCCCCCGCCAGCUAGACCCUCGCCACCGCCAUGCCGGCACGCCGUCGGCCCGACGUCGCCGUCGGGGACGUCCGCGGCCCCGGUGACGCGCCGCGGCCACGGCGGUCCGGCCCCCUAAUUUAUUGUUGCUAAUUUAUUUCCCUGUCGUUUCUGCACUGAUGAUUGCUCAAAACGUUGCUGUCGGAAUAAUUAAUUUAUUAAUUUAUUUUAAUGUAUUAAUUAUUUAUUGGCCCUUGCGGCCGGCCUAAUUUAUUUUUUGUUGACCAUGCGACAACCUGUCCCAAGGCGCGGGUUUGCGAUAAGACUGACUUGUACUGACGACGUGUGAAUGCGUGACGAGUGUGUUUGUCUGACUAAAUAAAUCACGUGCUAUGUCGA